AACUAAAACUUAAACAUACAGAAGAGUGAUAAGAAGUCCCUAAAAUGACAGAAACCAUCUCUGGGAGAAAUGUAUUUGACGUGUACUUUGAUUUUUUUUAGUUUGGCCCGUGUCCUAUACCACAAACAUGGAGGGGGUGGGGUUUCUGACCCAGACUGCAGUCAGCCACCAGGUGCAAUGAACGGGUUUUGGCUUCACUUUUGAGGAGCUGUCACGCUGUCUAUUUUUAAAUACAGUCACUGAAAGCAGCAAAUACUGUUUACAACAGGCUCCAGGGCCGGUAGUGAAUCACACACCAACUCUCCAUUGUCAUACUGAGUCACUGUCACUGUACAUGAUCUCCUCUACCUCUCCACAGGUGGGUCAAGAAUCUGAUUUUCCGCUACUGCACUAAUGUGCCCUCAGAGAAGGUGAUUCCUCGCUGGGAGCAGGACUACCAGCUCCAGCCCAUUUCAAAACUCGGACUCUUCCAUGAAUAUCUGGAGAUGGUCAUCCAGUUUGGCUUUGUGACGCUGUUUGUGGCCUCCUUCCCUCUGGCGCCGAUCCUGGCUCUGAUCAACAACCUGUUUGAGAUUCGGGUUGACGCUUGGAAGAUCACCACUCAGUUUCGCCGUAUCGUGCCAGAGAAGGCCCAGGAUAUCGGGGCCUGGCAGCCCAUUCUUCAGGGCAUUGCCAUCUUGGCAGUUGCAACAAAUGCUAUGAUCAUUGCUUUUACAUCUGACAUGAUUCCACGGCUGGUCUACUACUGGUCUUUCUCUGUGUACCCAUAUGGAGAUCACAAGAAUAACACCAUGCAGGGCUACAUCAACACUUCGCUGUCUGUAUUCGACAUCAAUGACUUCUCCAACUUCAGCAGGCCCCUGUGGACUCCUUACAACAUCACCACCUGCAGGUACAGCCAUCGGCCCCU